AUUAUUACAUACAUAAUUAAAAUCCCUUAGGGGAAGAAUUUAUAGUCUAUAGUAUUUUAAUAAGACAAAUAAUACAUAGAUAUGACAAUCAACAGAGGAGGAGCCAUUGAGUGUUGCAUGUGUGGAGACUAUGGUUUAUCUUCUGAGCUUUUCAAAUGCAAAAUUUGUCAAUUUAGAUCUCAACACAGAUAUUGUAGCAAUUUGUAUCCAAAAGCUGAGUCUUAUAAAAUUUGCAAUUGGUGCUUGAGUCCAAAAGAUGUUUCUGGAGAAAAAACACAAAAUUCAUCAAAUUCUUCAUCAUCAUGUAAAAAUACUACAAGUGAUCAAAAUAUUAUUCAAGAUGGUCCAAAGUUGAAGAAAAAAUUGAUCAUUAGGAAUGAAAAUAAUGAUUUUAUUGGAAGAACAAGUCCAAAGGGGAAAAUAAUGGGUUCUAAUUGUAAUUUGAAGGUUCAACUUAUCGACAAAAAUCCCAUCAAAUUACAAAAGUCUCCUUUAUUGGCUGCUAGAAAAAGGGUCAUAAUUGAUGAUAUAAAUAUUGAAGAAAAAGUAAGGAGGACAAAAUCAGAAGAAAUGUCGAAUAGAGGGAUCACAAGAAAGGUAUUUAAAAAUAGGGUAAGAAGAUAUAAGCUCUUGGAUGAAGUUUCAAGUUAAUUCAUUUUCAAGAGUUUAUAAUUUGUAGAUUUUUAUGUUUUUUUUUUUUUUUGGAUGUGUGGUAGUUUUGGACUUUGGUGGUUCUGAAAUUUCACACAUACAAAUUUAUGAAGAGAAAAAAAAAGGGGGUUGAUUUAUUGGAACCCUUUGAUUAUGAUUUGAGAAAUUUACAAUGUAAAAAUAGUGUUAGUGGAGUACUUUUUUUAACUUUGGUUCUA